UAGUUUAUGGUUGUUAUUAUAAGUUUAGGGUCAGAAAAUCCCCAGUUCCUGUGUUUAAUUUCACUUUGUGAAUGUGUUAAUUACAGACUAAUAUUCUAACACUGUACAGCGACUGCUUUGCUGUUGUUGUGCUCAUUUUGUUGCCUUAACAUUUCCUGGCUUGUUCUGAGGUGUUGGAAGAACCCGAGGAGACCUCCCUUCUUGCCCGACCGCAGUCGUGCUCCAUCACCCCGGGGCUGCUGGUCAUUGGCUGCCUGCUGCUGCUCCUGCGUUUAAGCUGGCUGGUGGGCACCAUGUUCUGGCUGCACAGUCCUCACCACCACGACUCCCUGAGACCUCCUCCACCGCCGGGCCAGGCCCCGGCCCCGGCCCCGGCAGACGGCGGUCUGGUUGUUAACGACACUAAAGCUGAUUUGCGUCGUGUGGCUUGUAGUUUGAUUCCGGAAGCCUGUAGGUUUGACUGUUACCCUGAACGGGGCGUGGUUGUGACCAGACAGAUGUGCGAGGCAAGAAAAUGCUGCUUCAUUCCCGCCUCCUCCAGACUCCCCUCUGCCAACAACCCAUCUGGGAGGAACGGCAUCCCCUGGUGUUUUUAUCCGUCAGACUUCCCCUCUUACUCUCUCGUGUCAAUAAAUGACACAUCUGUGGGGCAAAAAGGAACGCUGGUCAGGGAAGUCAGAACCUACUACCCAGGAGACGUCCUCACUCUGGGUUUGGAGAUAAGACACGAGACGGACACAAGGCUACGUGUUAGGAUCACCGACCCCUCCACCCCACGGUUUGAAGUCCCCAUCUCUGUCCCCACCUCCACCAAGAAGGCUGAGAGUCCAGACUACGUGGUGGACUUUUCAAAAGAGCCUUUUGGUCUGGUUGUGAAGAGGAGGUCCACUGGAGCGGUGCUUCUGAACACCACGGUGGCUCCUCUCUUCUACGCCGAUCAGUUCCUUCAGUUCUCCUCCUCUUUGCUCACUCAGUUCAUCUACGGCCUGGGAGAACAUCGGUCCACCUUUCUUCAUGACGUCCACUGGAACACGCUCACCAUGUGGGCCAGAGACGUGCCUCCUACGGAACAAACCAAUUUGUACGGCGCUCAUCCGUUUUACCUCGCGUUGGAGGAAGGAGGAACUGCACACGGCUUUUUUCUUCUCAACAGCAACGCCAUGGAUGUGGUUCUCCAGCCAGCUCCAGCAGUCACCUGGAGAACCAUCGGUGGGAUCCUGGACUUUUACAUUUUCCUUGGUCCUGAUCCUGGUUCUGUUGUUGAACAGUAUGUGGACGUUAUAGGCCGCCCAGCGAUGCCCGUCUACUGGGCGUUAGGGUACCACCUGUGUCGCUGGGGUUACAACACCAGCGACUCCACCUGGGAUGUUGUUAAGAAAAUGAGGAAUUAUGGGAUACCUCAGGACGUCCAGUGGAAUGAAAUGGAUACAAUUUUUUUUUUUCUCUUCCAGGUGUGGCCUGGUCUGACGGCGUACCCAGAUUUCUCUGAUGAGGUCACUCAUGAGUGGUGGUACGAGAGCCUGCAGAGGUUCCACGACAAAGUGCCGUUUGAUGGAUUAUGGAUCGACAUGAACGAACCGUCCAAUUUCCUGGACGGGUCGACCAACGGCUGUCCGUCAAGCAGCCUUGAAGAUCCUCCAUACACACCUGGCAUUCUGGGAGGUUUGCUGCGAGCCAAAACAGUGUGUGCCACGGCCCAGCAGAAGCAGUCCGUCCACUACAACAUGCACAGUCUGUACGGACUCAUGGAGGCCAAGGCCUCGGCCAGUGCCCUGAAGAGGAUUCUGGCCAAGAGGCCGUUUGUCAUCUCCCGCUCCACCUUCCCCAGUCAGGGCGUGUUCUCGGGCCACUGGCUGGGAGACAACAGGAGUCAGUGGAAAGACCUGUACACGUCCAUAGCAGGCAUCUUGACCUUUAACCUCCUGGGCAUCCCUCUGGUGGGAGCAGACAUCUGUGGAUUCAGUGAGGAGACGGAGGAGGAGCUGUGCGUGCGCUGGACGCAACUCGGCGCUUUCUAUCCCUUCACACGCAACCACAACGCCAUCGGCAUGGAGCCUCAGGAUCCCACUGUGUUCAGUCCUCUGGCUCGGACAGCCAUGAAGGGGGCGCUGCUGCUGAGAUAUUCCCUCUUCCCCGUCCUCUACACACUCUUUCAUCACGCAAACGUGCACGGCCACACUGUUGCACGUCCACUGAUGUUUGAAUUUCCUAAAGAUAUAAAAACGUAUGGGAUCGACAAACAGUUCCUGUGGGGGAAGAGUUUGUUGGUGACGCCGGUGUUGGACCCUGGGGUGGAUUACGUGAACGGCUACUUCCCAGAGGGGCUGUGGUUCGACUUCUACACAGGUGAUUCUGUGCUCAGCAAAGGUGAAGAGAUUCAACUUCACGCUCCUCUAGAUAAGAUCAACCUGCACGUGCGUGAAGGAUCAGUUUUACCGACACAGGCGCCCAACCUGACCCUGUGGGUGAGCAGUGGUCAGCCGCUGCACCUGGUCGCCGCGCUCUCUGACGACGGUUCAGCCUCCGGGGAUUUGUUCUGGGACGACGGCCAGAGUCUGGACACAUACGAGAGCGACAAAUACGCCUACAUCGUCUUCAGUGUCGCCCAGAACGUGAUGACCUCCCAGGUCCUUCACAGUGACGAGGAGGCCACGUACAUCACGGUGGAGUCCGCCUCCUUCUAUGGGCUGAAGGAGAAGCCCAGCAGAGUCUUGGUGAACUCCCAGGAUGCACUGUUCACCUACACAGACAACCAGGUUCUACAUGUUCAGGAUCUCGGCAUCAACCUCAGUCAGAACUUCACCAUCAGCUGGAUGUGAUGACGUCACAGCGAACGCCGGAGGGAAACGUUCACGGGGAGAUUGAAGGUUGUUGAACUUUGGACGCUGAGACAACAGUGAUGUCACCGCGUGUUGACGCUGGACCACGACUGAACGUCUGCAGCAGCAGACGGUCGACGACUGGACCUCAGUGGGUGAAGUUUCAUCUUUUACUUUGUUCCAGUUCCAGUGAAUUCUUUUCUAACCUGUUGUCAGCACUGGGUUAUGACAAGGUUUUAUUUUACAUCAAUCAGCGUCAGUCAGACUCAGUUCUCGAGGAGAGACCGAAGUCUUGGUUCGACAUGUUUUAACCGUCGUAGAACUAAAUUUGUUUUUGUGUUUUAAUGGAAACUGAAGUGUUUUCUCUUGAAAUACUUCAGAAAUGAGAUCAUACAAACUGCACUUGAAAGUAUUUAUUUAAAAAAAAAAAAGGUAAAUAUAAAGAAAAUCUUCACAUUAAUAAUGUCUAAAAUGAAAUGAAUGAGUGACGUCAUAAACAGUGAAAUGACGACACAGCACAUUAGCAUGUUCGCUAACGCCGCGGUGCAGUCACUCUGUGAACGCAGUUUUAAUGAAAUAAUAAUAAUGUUGUUGUUGGUUCCGACUUUAAACUAUUUUUAGGUUGUUUCACAGUCGGUAGUGAAGCUUGAGAUGGAAAUUAAGGAAACGUUUUAGCACUUUUUUUUUUGUCUGAAUUUUGGUGUUGGAUUUUUUCUAAUUUCAGUCUAAGAAUUCUGCCUUUAAAGUCUGAACUUAUUAACUCAAAGUUAGAAUUCUGACAAAGUUGAUUUUAUUUUUUUUUAUAUUACCAACAUAAUUCCGACUUUAAUCAAUAUUUUCACAGAUUGAAAAUCUAAUUCCGUUCUCUCGCUGCGGGCCACACGUUUCACUGUUUAUUUUCCACAGUCAAAGUUGAAAGAACUUGAAAUGACUGAUGUUCACAGGUGAGGAGUGGAACGUUCCCUGAUGUAUGUGAAAACACAGUAUGUUUUUGAUAGAUUUACAUCUUUGUUUUGGCUGAAGCUCAAAGUGAAAAAGUUACUUUUUGUCUUGUUUUACUGUUAAAAAAAUGGUCAAUUUUGCCUUAACGUCAGCUUUAUCUCACACAGGCUUUACAUACUUUAAAUCACUACAGAUUUUUGUAGAUGUGACAAAAAAUGACACCAUUUUCAGCAGUAUUUCAGACACUGCUGGAAGUAUCAGCGCACAAACGUGAACGUUAGCAUUUUAGCUUUAAUCUUAGCUUGUUAAUUAUUUAAGGAAUUAUUCUCCUGACCUACAGGAAGUGAUGUGCAAUAAGUGAAAGAGAUGAAAAUUAUUUUCCUAAAUGUGUGAUUAUAAGAGUCCGACUACAGUUUGUAAAACUCCUGGUACUUCACUGUGUAGUACUGCAGUAUUGUCAGGGUGGAGCCGGUCGGUCUGUUGAUUCAGCUGUCGGUCUGUUGGUCUGAAACUACAGUCGUGUUUUAUUAUGAAGCUGCUUUAACUGUUGACCUGCUUGAACACGUGCUGCUCGUGAUGGAAGACGUGACCAAAAACACGGAGCUCGAUUCUUUUUAGGUUUCAUUGAAAACGUUUUCAGCUGUGCCUGAGUUGACCCUCGUGCUGUGGUUUUUCAGCAGUAACUUUAGUCGUAGACUGACAAGACUGUGCAUGUGUUUAAAAACAAAUCCACUAGAGAGCAGUAUUUUUAGCACGCAAGUAUUUUCAUGUCAUUGUCGUUUGUGGGUUUUUAAAAUUUAAUUUUCUCUUUGAAUGAAAAUGUGUUUUUAGUUUCUGUCGUGCACAGUGACGUCAACAAUAAAUCAGAAUUGAAUAAAUCCUCUCUUUGUCAACAA